ACCCUCUUUAACUCUUUACAUUUACAGCAUUCUCGUUCUCGUCUCAGCUUCUUCUUCACAGUAGGGUUGCUGAUAAACGCCACCAUUCUCUGUUUUGUCGCACUUCCCCUUCCUGACGCUUUCUUCUGCUUUCUCUUAUAGCCAUACAGCCCAACUCACUUUCUCUCUCCACCGUAAUAAUGGGUGCUUCUCUGCCCCCUAAAGAGGCCAACCUCUUCAAGCUUAUUGUUAAAUCCUAUGAAACCAAGCAAUACAAAAAGGGGCUCAAAGCUGCUGAUUCCAUUUUGAAAAGAUUUCCUCAUCAUGGAGAAACUUUAUCAAUGAAGGGUUUGACUUUAAAUUGCAUGGAUCGUAAGUCUGAAGCAUACGAGCUUGUUCGUCAGGGACUAAAGAAUGACCUAAAAAGUCACGUUUGCUGGCAUGUUUAUGGUCUGCUUUAUCGAUCAGAUAGAGAAUAUAGGGAGGCAAUUAAGUGCUACCGAAAUGCACUGAAAAUAGAUCCAGACAAUAUCGAAAUUCUUCGUGACCUGUCACUCUUGCAGGCUCAAAUGCGAGAUUUGAGUGGCUUUGUUGAGACAAGACAACAACUUCUGACUCUGAAGCCAAAUCAUCGCAUGAACUGGAUUGGCUUUGCUGUUGCACAUGAUUUGAAUUCUAAUGCAUCCAAGGCCGUUGAAAUUUUGGAAGCUUACGAAGGGACAUUGGAAGAUGAUUAUCCUCCGGAAAAUGAACGUUGUGAGCAUGGGGAAAUGCUUUUAUAUAAGAUCUUCUUGUUAGAGAAAUCAGGAUUGCUUGAGAGAGCUGUUGAGGAGUUGCACAAGAAGGAAUCAAAAAUUGUUGAUAAGCUUGCAUAUAAAGAACAAGAGGUAUCUCUUCUAGUCAAGCUUGGUCGCUUAGAAGAGGGCGAAAGGCUGUACCAGGCCUUACUCUCUAUGAAUCCUGACAAUUAUAGAUACUAUGAAGGCCUUCAAAAAUGUCUUGGAUUAUAUUCAGAUGAUGGCCAUUAUUCUCUUGAUGAGAUAGAACGGUUAGAUGCAUUAUACAAAUCACUUCGGCAGCAAUAUAAAUGGUCUUCUGCUGUUAAGAGAAUACCACUUGAUUUUCUACAAGGUGAAAAAUUUAAAGAGGCAGCGGAUAAUUAUGUUAGGCCACUCCUAACUAAGGGGGUUCCAUCCCUGUUCUCUGAUCUUUCUCCAUUGUACCAUCACCCUGGGAAGGCAGACAUUCUGGAACAACUUAUUCUGGAGCUAGAGCAUUCAAUUAGGACAGCUGGUCAGUACCCUGGGAGUUUAGAAAAAGAGCCCCCUUCUACUCUAAUGUGGAUCUUGUUUUUAUUGGCUCAGCAUUAUGAUAAACGGGGCCAACAUGAAGUUGCUCUUUCAAAAAUUGAUGAGGCUAUAGAACAUACGCCUACUGUUAUUGAUCUAUAUUCUGUCAAGAGCCGGAUACUGAAGCAUGCUGGUGAUUUGGCUGCUGCUGCUGCAUUUUCAGAUGAAGCUAGAUGCAUGGAUCUUGCUGAUCGCCAUAUCAACAGUGAAUGCGUUAAGCGCAUGCUGCAGGCUGAUCAGGUGGCUUUGGCAGAAAAAACUGCUGUUUUGUUCACAAAGGAUGGGGAUCAGCACAACAAUCUCCAUGACAUGCAGUGCAUGUGGUACGAGCUCGCCUCGGGGGAAAGCUAUUUCCGUCAAGGUGAUCUUGGGCGGGCACUCAAAAAAUUUUUGGCAGUGGAGAAGCAUUAUGCUGAUAUUACUGAGGAUCAAUUUGAUUUCCAUUCAUACUGCUUGAGGAAAAUGACUUUGCGGACUUACGUGGAAAUGCUUGCAUUUCAAGACAGACUGCACUCGCAUGAAUAUUUUCAUAAAGCAGCAGCUGGAGCUAUCCGAUGCUAUAUAAAAUUGUAUGAUUCUCCUCCAAAGUCUGCAGCUGAGGAGGAUGAAGAUAUGUCCAAGUUGCUUCCAUCUCAGAAAAAGAAGAUGAGGCAAAAACAGAGAAAGGCAGAAGCACGUGCUAAGAAAGAGGCAGAAGAAAAGAAUGAAGAGUCAAGCACCAGUGGUGUAUUGAAGUCUGGAAAGCGGCAUGUAAAACCUGUUGAUCCAGAUCCACGGGGUGAGAAGUUGUUGCAGGUUCAAGAUCCCCUCUCAGAAGCAACAAAAUACCUGAAGUUGCUGCAGAAGAACUCACCCAAUUCAUUGGAGACACACUUGCUAGCAUUUGAGUUGUAUAUGAGAAAACAGAAGAUUUUGCUUGCCUUUCAGGCUGUGAAGCAGUUGCUGAGAUUGGAUGCUGAACACCCUGAUUCUCAUUGCUGCUUGAUUAAAUUUUUCCAUAAAGUGGGGUCCAUGAAUGAUCCAGUGACUGACAGUGAGAAACUCAUAUGGAGUGUUUUAGAAGCUGAGCGCCCUACUAUUAGUCAGUUGCAUGAGAAAUCUCUGGCCGAUGCAAACAAUGCUUUCCUUGAAAAACAUAAAGAUUCUUUGAUGCAUAGAGCUGCCUUUGCAGAAAUGUUGUACAAUUUGGAUCCCACCAGGAAGUCAGAGGCUGUGAAGUUGAUUGAAGACUCGACCAAUGAUCUAGCACCAAGAAACGUAGCCCUGGGACCAGUCAAGGAGUGGAAACUUACAGACUGUGUUGCAGUUCAUAAACUUCUGGGGUCUGUCCUUGAUGAGCAGGAUGCUGCAUCGAGAUGGAAAGCACGUUGUGCCAAGUAUUUUCCCUAUUCUACAUUCUUUGAGGGCAGCCAUAGCUCUGCCUCUCCUAACUCAGUCUUGAAUCAGAUAUGUAAGAAUGCUGAGAAUGGGAGUCCUAACCAUUCAGUGGGUGCUCAAAAUGCAAACUCCAUUACCUCAAAUGGCAAUUUAGAGGCAUUUAGUAAACUCGCCAUUUGACACAGUUGAAUACAUAGAUUGGAGCAAACAGAGUCGCUUGUCACUUGGUUGGUCAUGGAAACCAGGCUAGUUUUGACAUUUCUCUAAGUAGACCAAGUUGCAAUUUGCAACUAGAGGUCAUUCUGAGUUUUGGAGCAAGCCAUGGCAAGUUCUGCGAGCAAGUCACUCAAUUCUCUGAAAGUUGUCUUUUGCAAAUGUGUAUAAUUUUGCGUCAAUUACGUUCAGGUUGAAUUUUUCAUUUCACCCCAUUUUCCUGAGACAUACAGGGCUCCGAGGAUUUGCACCGUCGUCCAAUCUUGUCGUUUAACUUGUGGGGAGGGCUACAGGAAUUUCUUUCUGGUUUCUGGUUUUGGAUCCGGCCAACAGCACAUAUAUAUACCAAGAGCCUGUUGUACUAAGCCUAUUUUGUUGGCUCAUUCAAUCAUGUAUAAACAAUGACUGAAAAUUUUGCAUCAAAAUCUACUUUUUUGACUGAGCUUUAGCUUCUAAUGAAUUUUAGUCGAGUUUUUUUUUUGGCCCUUUUGCAGUUGUGUUGUAGUUAUCUGUCGGGAACUACUGUGAGGGAAUUGAUUGAUAAAUGACUUUAAUAAACACCCAUUGAGAAGAUU